GCCCGCAGUCACUGCGCCAGGAAUAAAACCCUCCAAAAUCCUCAAUAAAUCGCUGCAAAUCCAUUCACUGCUAGAAGAGCAGCAGACAAGCCUGCCGUCUAGUUUUGCUCGCAGUCACGCUUGCCGUUCUGCCCAGUAUAUCAGUUCUGCACAGUCUCGCGCCUCGUCUGCCCAUCAGCUGACCUUUUGUUUUUAAUUCCGAUGAUUAAUUCGUGUUAGUGCGUCUCGUCGGUAGCGCACAUUGAGGUCAGUAAGUCGCAUAUGAUGCACAUGCGAACGAACUGAAGCACUGACGCGAUAAUUUCUCACUGCGAUCGUUUAAAGCUGCAGAGAUGUCGGUCCCGUCUUUCCAGUGCCUGGUGUUUGGUUCAGUUCUCCUGGUUCUGGUGUGUGCCAAGGUUCUGAGUGCUGGUCCAGCGCUCCUACCCAACCCUCUCCACUCCCACGGGCCAGUUCUGGAUGUUCCUGUAGGCUUUGAGGAACAUGAUGAGGUCUCGAGGGAACGCAGGCAUGGCUUCAUGGAGAGUUCUCAGGAGAGCUCCGGGUUCUUUAGCGAAGACAGCGAGGAUGGCAAGAACGCUCAUAUCGAGACCAAAGACACCAGCAUUGACCUAAAGCGCUGUCUGAUGCCCAAGAAGGUGGGACCUUGUCGUAUGGCGCUCCCUCGCUGGCACUUUAACCCUGUCACUAAGAAGUGCGAAAACUUCAUAUUUGGGGGCUGCCGAGAGAAUCGCAAUAACUUCCUGUCACUGGAGGAGUGUGCCAAAGCUUGCCACACAGUCCCUGAUUACAGCCCUUCGUCCCCAGAACCACCAUCUUUGCCACUUUCUCUGAGCCAAAAGCCCGCUGAGACGAAUUUCUCUUCCCCAUUGUUUGUCCCUACAACUGAGGCAAUCGACCCGGAUCAGUGGGAGAGUGAUUCAGAAUCGAGCGGCUUCCCUCUCCACCCCUUCUCCGGGCCGUCAAUCGCAGGUGCCGAAGACCACGCCCACUCCACAGCCACGCCCCCUAUCCUCGGACUGGCCCGUCAGAACCAGCCAGAGGCCACAGCUGGGCCUGACAGGCACCUGACAUCUGACGACCCGUUUGAUGACGAGAGGGGCCAUGCUGUAGCACAAGCACCCACAGCUCCUGAAAUCGGGCCCCUGCCGAGCCUGGAGCCCCUGCAGCCCGACAAACCACACCUGGAUGAUUCUGAGGAAGAUGAGGACGAGGAAGAGGUAGUGGUUUUUCCCACCGAACCAGAUGAGGAGGAAGAGGACGAAUGGCGGUACCUCACCCCGCUCACAUCCAGACCCUCGUCCUCCCCUGCUUCAGAUCUGCCGCCCGUGGUCUUCACCGAAAGCGCCUGGCAGGGGGCGCCGCUCACCACAACCGAGGAUGAGGAGGGGGCGGAGAUUCGUCACGGCGGCACCGAAUAUCUCGCCGAAACGGAGCUGCACGACUCAGAGCUGUCCCAGGAGGCCGAGCAGGUGAUUUGUGUCGACUGGAGCAACCUUGCAGGAAAGGGCUACGUUAUACUCAACAUGACGGACAACCUUGACUGCGAUGAGUUUCGUAUGAGGAGCGGCGACAGACUCCUGGAGAUGCUAGAAAACACAUUCUCCAGAAAGAGGAACAUCCCACAAGGCUCCUGGCUCAUUUUCCUCAGCAAACCCACACAGCAGGACCACCAGCUUCUGAUGGCCUUAGCCAGCGAGCAGGAAAUUAUCCCUCCAAAAGACGUCCUGUCAAUGUUAGGGGAAAUCACAAGAGGUCUGAAUGAGGUGAGACUAAUGCAGCAACUAAUAAUAAAUAAUAUAAACUUGUGCCACUCAAGGCCCAGUCAGACACGUAGCGACUACGGAAAGCUGUUUGUGGUUCUAGUGAUCAUCGGAUCGGUUUGUGUGCUCAUUAUUGCUUCUGGAAUCAUCUAUAUCUGCUGGCAGCGUCGUCUACCCAAACUCAAAAACAUGUCGAGAGGCGAAGAGCUGAACUUUGUGGAGAACGGUUGCCAUGACAACCCCACGCUGGACGUAACAAGCGACAGCCAAUCAGAGAUGCAGGAGAAGAAACACAGCGCCAAUGGGGUGACGGUGGGCGGAGACGGCGGAAGCGGUUGGCAGGUGCUCGUCAAUAAGCCCGGGAAAAACGAGGAGGACAACCAAGAGGAAGACACGCACCUUUAAUCCCGGGAAUACAAUCAAAAACAAAACAAAAAAAGCGGCAUGAGAAAGCAGUAUGGCAUUACAGACUACGAAGGCACAAAACAUUUUCAAGCUUUUUCGAAACAUCUGCUGUAUAACAUGUGAUGUCUUUUGGCUUUCUUUAUCUGCAUUACUAAAUUCAGAUGGACUAAAACGCGACUUGUAUGAUAUGGGAACAUUUUUAAUGCAGAAUUAAUUUAAAUCGAAUGUGUCAAACAAUCAAAAAUCAGUUUGAAUUUUUAGGGAAAAAGUUUCUUGCACUGUUAAAGCAAUAGUUAAACCCAAAACGUAAAAAAUAUGUCGAUAAUCUCACACACGUCGUUCCAGAUUUUCUGCCAUUUUUUUUCUUCUGUGGAGAAAAAAAAAACGAGAAUUUUUAAGUAUCUUCACAACAGUAAAUUUCCACUAGGAAUAAAUGUGACAAAUUAAAUUUUUUUGGUA